UUGACUUUCAAGGGUCCCCAUGGACAAACACUUUCAUGUACAGGGGAUCUCCAUCUCCAGCUAGUUGUAGGUUGACUUUCAAUGGUCCCCAUGGACAAACACUUUCAUGUACAGGGGAUCUCCAUCUCCAGCUAGUUGUAGGUUGACUUUCAAGGGUCUCCAUGGACAAAUGCUUUCAUGUACAGGGGAUCUCCAUUUCAGUUGUAAGACUGUAGACUUCCAAAGCCAAAGGAGAAAUUGUAUAACUGGCAUGUAUUUGUAGGAAAUAGCUGCGAGGUUUGUUUUGCUACUUUUAAGCCCUGGAAGCACUUUGCUUACGCAGAAAUCGAAGAAGGGACCAUCUUGAGCUCCUUGUUAUUGCUGUGGUUCUGUUAUAGAAUUAAGAACGAGGUACAUAGGUUUUGUUAGCCUUGCUUUUAAACUGUGCCGUUGCUCUGUGGUUCUGGCUACUGUGGAGGCACAGAAAUUAUUUCCGUGGUUUUGCUACCACAUUCUAUCAACAUAGUCUCAAUUUUAGGCCUUCAAGAGAACCACAGAAUGAUUAGACCAAUAGAAAGGUAUACACCACUUCUGGUCUCCUUGCUGUGGUCAGGGGUUGAAUGUGCAGCAAAUCCAGAACUUCGUGUGUGAGAACCGCAUAUUGACUAAAGACGUCUUAGUCAGUGCCUAGAUGGAUGGAUGGAUAGAUACUGUAUUUACCGGAAUCCAAACUAGAUGUUUUCCAAGUCCUUUGAUGUUAGAUUUUUUUUUUUGCGCGGGGUGGGGAUAGUUUUAAAUUCAGAGUGCUCUUCCUUUGGGGCAAAUACACGUAUAACCUCUGAAGGAUCUUAUCUUGAAUUCAGUGUCGUCUUCUAUUCGGGUAAAUACAGGUCCUCUGUAUCCAGUGGAUAUUAAAGACAUAAAACCUGAAGCUCUAGAAGCAGAAGUUCGGGGGUACUAUGCAAAUCUUUUAGACCAGCCACCAUCUGCUGCCGAGUUCUUUUCUGUUCCGGGAAGAGAUAAAAAAACGGUGAUGGAGGCUGAGGAGUGGAUGCCAGCCGGGAGAGCAUGCCCAAGCCUGAGGGCAGUGAGUGAGAAGGAGCAGAGAAGAGACGCCUUCUGAUGAUCUUGUCAGAUGGGCCUAAUUGUUAAACUUGAGGCUCUCUUGAUGCGCUUCCUUCCUCUUUACAGAGAAGAGAGUAAACAUAGGCUUCUGGUUUUAAUUGACCCACAGGAUAAGAAUACAGUGCUAGCAAUUUAUUUGUACGGUUCCUGGUGGUGUAUUGAAGAUGCAGUGAAGACGGUGGAUCCUUCCCGAGAGGGACUGAUGCAGGUCCAGGCAUUUGCUGAAAGAAUCGUCCUCUUUGUGCUUAACUACGUUAUCUUUGGAAUGCUAGAAAGAGGCUUGAGCCAAGAUGUGCUUUUUGUGCCUCAUUCUGAGAAAGAAUAUGCCAAAAUAUUCUGGAAGGAUGGAGAGGCAGCUGCCUUCUACACCAUCAAAGCGAAAGGAAGCUUGUGUGAUGGACACAGCAGCCAAAGCUACAUGCUUCCAGUUUUGGACACGGUGUUUGUCCGGAGGAAGUUCAGAAGACGUGGACUUGGGAUGGAAAUGCUCCAUGACUUCUGUCAGAUGUUUGUAGCUGAGGAUGCCGUAGGAAUCAGCUGUCCUGUUUCUGUUGACAUGUACCAAGUUUGUCAAAGGUUCUUGGAGACCCAUCCGGAGGAGCAGCCUCGACUGUGGGAAGUGGAGGCACCAGGGGAUUGGGGUCAGCGCGUGAAUGUCUGGCUCAAGAUCCAGCUGGAGCAAAGCCUUCUGAAAAAGGCGGAUACGAGCUGCCAGAUGGAGCGGUUUCAGGAAGAUGAACCUGAGCAAUCAGAUGAAGGCAGGAUGAAUAAGAGAGCUGGCCUUGUCCCUGAUAUUCGGGAAUCACCGGAUGAGGCAAAGGAACCGAAGGACGAUCAAGGGCAAGCGUUCAACUUACGGCCCUGUAGCAAAGAACUUGCUAAUCAGCAGAACACUCAAGUGCAUCCGUGUCCCGGAUCAAAGAAAAGAACAAGCAGAGGAGAACCAGCUGAAGACGCAGUUCCUAAGCAGUUUAGAGCAAUGCCCUAACUUUUGUGCAGGAUGAAAGCAAACUUAGAACAAGAUGUGGACCAGAGUGGCUCUAGGUGGGAGCUGUCAUCCAGGUACACUUCCUGUCUGUACCAGGCGCUUUAGAGGCCUGUACCCAGGUUCGCCUCUAAAAUGAACGCAGUUACAGUCAUUCACACAAGAACGUACACGAGUGUACAGACAUCCGAAUGUAGAGACGACAUGAUCAGCUUGUCCUCAUGACCAAACGGAGGGGAGUUAGAGUAUCGCCUUGCAAAGUGAUACAUAAUUUGCAAAGUGAUACAUAAUACAGAAUUGCAAAGCGAUACAUAGGAAGUGAUACAUAACCACCCAGAGACAUAAGUUUUGGGUGGUAUAGAAAUAUGCUAAAUAAAUAAAUAAAUUCUAAAUUUUAUUUUGAGCAAUGCAGGAGAUACUAUUGGUCCUGUGUUGUCAGCUGAUCUGUGUGGGACACUCGGCUGCCAGAAAGAGUGCCUUCUCUGUACUGGCCCCAGAAUUCUGGAAUCUUCUCCCUCCCCUGAAAGUCCCUUUGUCAUGUUCUUUUAAAAUUCCUUCCAGAACGAUGCAAAAACAUGUCGAUUUUGCCAUGCUCCGGGCAGCGGAGUUUUCAUUUAUUUAAUUAUUUCGCCAUUACCGGUACUUGUUUUUAGUGUAAUUCUUUUUUGGGUUUCUUGAAAUGUUUCUAAUGACUGUUUUAUUAUGUAAACGGCCCGGCGACUUCUGCUGAAAGGCAGCAUACAAAUGUUGUCAUGUAAAUAAAUAGAAACUCCCCCCA